CAGAAUAGCAGUGGAGCUGAGGUGUCUUCUGAAUGAUACUGCGAUUCUCUACUACAGAAACUAGAAGAUGGAUACAUGUAGAUGACAAAGUGCAGUUUUGUUUUCUUGCUUUCGAGAUUCAAGAGUUGUUUCAAGCAUUCCAGUCGGCCUGAGCCGGAGUUUGUAGGGGAAAUGCAGGGUCUUCUCGGAGAUCACGUGAUUGAUCAUGCCACGGAGCAAAUUCCUAUCGAGACGGUGUGUGGCGAAGGAAAGGUUCUAGGUCUCUACGUAUCAGCCAGUUGGUGCGGCCCGUGUCGGAAAUUCACCCCGCAGCUCGUGGCGUUCUAUAACCGAAUGAGAGCAAAAGUUGGCAGCAACUUCCAAGUCAUCUUCAUCAGCCGGGAUAAGACGGAGGAUGAGUUCCGGGACUACUUCGCCGCCAUGCCUUGGCUGGCUAUGCCGUACAACAAGGAAAAAGCAGAUGUGAUUAAGACAAAGCUAGAAAUUAAGUCCAUACCGUCCUUCAUUCUUUUCGACUCAGAAUCGGGGAAAAUUAUUCAGAAAAAUGGCCGCAAUUGCAUCGUGGCAGACCCGGACGGACACGACUACCCGUGGAAUCAAUGAACCACGACCGGAAGUUGUUUGGUCGCCUUGUUGUUCAUCGUCUCUUGCGGAAUCCGAUCGCUCGCAUUUGAUGACAUUACACCAGCGGUGUUUCUUCAGCAUUCCAACUUACAGAAAUUGGCGACACUGAUUUCUAUCAACUGAAACAUUUACUCAGGCAAUCACAGAUUACACCUGUUGUGAACAACCAAGAAUGCCAGGCCCUGGAGUGAAAGGACCCGUACUUUCGGUCUGUCCGCGACACCCAACUCGUCAAUGGGCCCGUUUUGCCUCUCCCUUCCGAACGACGAAGUACGAAGGUCUUCCGUGUCAAUAAGUUCUGCCCGAAUUCAUUUACGUGAAUUUCACUGCUUGUAAAUCGGUUUUCAAACUUUAUAGUAGCACGAGGAAAUGAGGAACACUUCAAAAACCGUUGUCGAUAGAAUACAUAUAAUAACACACACAAUUCGUCGUUCGUACAUGCAGCUCUUCGUCGACGUGCCUGGUGUCGAAAGAUGGGAUUGGCUUCACUUGUCUUCGCCGGACACAUACAUUACGACCGCACAGUAUAACCGGACUGUGUCCGCGGCCACAGAUUCAUCCUCACUUUGAGGAUAAAA